AUGGCUUCAGAGAAUAAAUUUUACCCAAUCAAGAUCGGAUCAGCAUUGAACGACUCUACCCUAAAGAUCAACCAUACAUGUUUGAGAGUCAAGGAUCCAGCUAGAACCAUCGAUUUCUACAAGAAACAUUUCGGUAUGACCGUUCUUGGUUCCAAGGAUUUCCCAGAUGCCAAGUUCAGUCUACACUUCUUGACCUUCCCAAAGGACAACGUUGGGAAGACUGAAAAAGGUGAAACUGCUAUCUUCAGUGUAAGCGGUGUGUUAGAACUUACCCAUAACUGGGGAUCCGAAAGCGAUCCAGAAUUCAAGAUAAAUAAUGGUAACGAAGAACCAUACAGAGGAUUUGGCCAUAUCUGCUUUUCAGUCGCCAACAUCGAGGAAACCUGUAAAAGACUGGAAUCAGAAGGCGUCAGCUUCAAGAAGAGAAUGUCCGAUGGUAGGCAGAAAAAUAUAGCCUUUGCUUUGGACCCAGAUGGAUACUGGAUCGAACUCGUACAAUAUAUCAAGGAUACCGAGGAAUCUCCACGCAAGGACGUGGGCGACAAGUUUAACCACACUAUGAUCCGUGUCAAGGACGCUGAAAAAUCCUUAGAAUUCUAUCAAAACGUUCUAGGUAUGAAGAUCCUGCGUAAGACCGAUCACGAGAAUGCUAAAUUCACUUUAUACUUUCUCGGUUACGAAGUUCCCUCAGGACACAAUUCCAGUUCCGCAGAAGGUGUUCUAGAACUGACCCACAACUGGGGAACAGAGAACGAUCCAAACUUCAAGUAUCAUAACGGUAAUGACAAACCACAGGGCUAUGGUCACAUCUGUGUCAGUUGCGAUGACCCUGCGCUUUUGUGUCAUGAAAUCGAGGGUAAGUACGGUGACAAGAUUCAAUGGGGUGUUAAGUACAACCAAGGUAAGAUGAAGAAUCUAGCAUUCAUCAAGGACCCAGAUGGAUACUCUAUCGAAGUUGUUCCAUCCUACCUAACUUUAUAA